AUGGCUGAGCACUUCAAGUUGUUGGGCUCCAUGCCCGAUUCGAGCCUUUUCAGCUUCCCUCCCGCUAAUGCGCCUGCUCCCAUUGCGCCUCUCGAUGUACCAACUUCGAUUAUGCGCCCCUUCAACAUCCCUGAGCAAUGGUUCACUGCGGCUCUCGACGCCAAGGUUCCCUUGACCAUCGCUAUCCUCUAUGCUGUCACUGUCAAGAGCCUCAACAUCUACAACAAGUCCAACGGCAAGAAGCCAUGGGCUAUCAGCAAGACCCGGCCAUUCUUCGCAUUUGUGGUCCUUCACAACAUCUUCCUCUGUGUCUACUCUGCUUGGACUUUCUGGGGUAUGCUGAGCGGUAUGAGGAGAAGCAUUCAAAACCCUACAGGUCCUCAGGGUCUUGCCGGUACCGCUGACAGCUUCUGUCGUCUACAUGGUGCUUCUGGCCUUGGCAACUCAGUCUACUACAACGAGACUUCGAACUCAUUCGUUUCUGCUACUGAGCAUGCCGCCAUUAUCAAUGGACUUCCCAGUGGAACUGUCGGCGGCCGUAUGUGGAACGAGGGUUUGGCUUUCUAUGGUUGGAUCUUCUACCUCAGCAAGUUCUACGAGGUUCUUGACACUUUCAUCAUCCUCGCUAAGGGCAAGCUCAGCUCUACUCUUCAGACCUACCACCACGCUGGAGCCAUGCUGUGCAUGUGGGCUGGCAUGCGAUAUAUGUCGGCUCCCAUCUGGCAGUUUGUACUGAUCAACUCCUUCAUCCACUCCUUGAUGGUUCCUGUCGCCAUUAUCCAGAAGCUCUCCGUCCCAGCUUAUGCCACCACGGCUGCUCCCGAUGCCAGCCAAGAGACUGUCGCCGACGGCGCUGUCGAGUCGAUUAAGAAGUUCAUCUGGGGUGCUGCUGAGGGUGCUGCUGCUCCCGGUGCUGCCCCUGUUGCAUCCCAGGCUGUCACUUCUGAGGCUUUCACUGCCGAGACACAAUACGUGACUCAGCCCUGCAUCAUGACCACAGGCGAAACUUUUGCUAUUUGGCUUAACGUGCUGUACCUCGCUCCUCUGACCUACCUGUUCGUCAGUUUCUUCAUCGCAAGCUACGUUAAGCGUAGUAAUGCUGCCAGCAAGAAGUCGCAUGAUGUUAACGCCAACAUCGCUCUUGCGGAGAAGGCUGGCUGGGAUGCUGCCAAGGGCAUUGAGAAGGAAAUCUACGAUGGUGCCAACACUGCCAACGGUUCUUCAGCCGAUGAGGCUUCGCGGGCUUCUACGCCAAAGAAGGCUAAUGGCAAGUCGCGACGCAAGGCCUGA